AUGGGGAUUUGCGGCUCUAAAGACACCGAAAGUUACAGUAACAGAAACACCUCCGCCCAAAAUACCGGCUCUACUGUUAGGAAAAGUGGUCCCAAGUCUUCCUCUUCUGAAAUAUCCCAUAAUAAAUCGAACCCGACUGCUCCAUUGAAGUCCAAUGAAAAGUUUGAAAGCUUCCCCGAACCUACUGCCAAGCAGCAGUUGCAAACAGUUGCCGAGGGGCAGGAGACUACAGUUAACACUAGUUCCAACCCGAAACAAAGCAACGUGAUGGAUUCUACCGACGGCUCUAAUAACAGCAAAAACGACACCGUCGAAGGCAAAAAUAAACUAAAGUACCAUGCGAAAGUCCUAUUACUAGGUUCGGGAGAAUCUGGAAAAUCGACCAUAUUGAGGCAAAUCAAAAUCAUCCACCAAAACGGGUUCACAGACGAUGAAAGAAAAGAAUAUAAACCUUUUGUAUUUCAGAAUAUUGUUGAAUCGAUCCAAUGUAUCACUAAGGCACUGGUCCAGUAUAACUUGAAAUCACAGAUAACAAAUCUAACCGGUACCGAGCUCGAGUUUCUUUCCACUUACGAAUUACCAUAUUCAGCCACUAAUGAUUUAAGCUACUCAUUGGAUGGUAGACUUGUUGAAUUGACUAAGAAGCUUGUCACUGAUGAAAAAGUUGAAAAAUUGCUUUCAAGUAAUGAAUACGAAUUUUAUUUAUUAGAUUCUGCCUCCUAUUUCUUUGAAAAUUUGGAUCGUAUAGGCGCUCCAGAUUACAUACCAACCACCAUGGAUAUUUUGAGAACCAGGACCCAAACAUCAGGGAUAUUUGACACAAAGUUUCAGAUGGAAGAUUUGGAAGUUCACCUUUAUGAUGUUGGAGGACAAAGAUCUGAAAGGAAAAAAUGGAUCCAUUGCUUCGAUAACGUCACAGCGAUUAUAUUCUGUGUCUCCUUGAGUGAAUAUAAUCAGACAUUAUUAGAAUCUCCAACACAGAAUAGACUUGAAGAAUCUCUCAACUUGUUUGAAUCUGUUGUGAAUUCAAUGUGGUUCAAGAAAACCGCUGUUAUUUUAUGCCUUAACAAAAUAGAUAUUUUCAUUGAUCAACUACCAAACUACCCACUGGAGAACUAUUUCCCAGAUUAUGUUGGUGGUGCUAAUGUCAAUAAGGCCGUCAAAUAUAUAUUAUGGAGAUUCAAGCAACUCAAUCGUGCAAAUUUAAAUCUAGUUCCAUAUGUUACUCAAGCCACAGAUACAAAUAAUAUAAAACUUGCAUUUGCAAUAGUUAGAGAGACAAUACUGCAUAAGAACCUAUUAGAAAGUGGUGUCAUAACCAGCUAG